CCGGGGCGUUUUGGUUUUUUCACCAAUCGUAAAGUGAGAGUCGGCCCAGCCAGACCUUUCAAAAAAAAAAUGUGAUUUUUUUUCUUGUCUUCUUAAUUUUUCAUUUUUGUUGUCUAUCUACGUUUCUUUUUAUAAAUGAAUUUGUGCACAAUGAAUUUAAAAAAAAUUAAGUGAAAGCGGAAUGAAAAACGAGCUCAUUUCCACUGUCGGAACUUCUCAAUGUGACAUCCAGCGGAAGUAAACAACACAAGCGGCGGAAGCGUUAGCUGCAUGUGUGUGUUGAAGCAGUUGGCAGACAGUAGUAUCAUAGAAGCGCCGAUAAUGAUUUAAUUUGUAAUUAAACAACAAUGUCUUCAGUAGAGUAUUUGAGAGAGUUUGUCAAAGAGAGACUAAGUGCUGCUGCUGAAGAAAUAUUCGGAGUUUUUACAAAAACUAUCGUCGAGUACGAGGAAGAGAUCAACCGUCAGCGCAGACUGUUGGACGUCGUUUUGGAACCUGAAAUAAAGUUACACAGGAUAGAGCUCCCACAGCAACAUGUGUGUAAGGAGGAGGAGGAGGCGGCGCUCACAGACCAGCAGCUCUGUAUUCAGGAGAGGAUCCCCAGUCUGGACCAAGAGGACCCAGAGCCUCCACAGAUUAAAGAGGAACAGGAGGAACUCUGCACCAGUCAGCAGGGAGAGCAGCUUGAACUGAAGGAGGAGGCUGAUACCUUUAUGUUGACUCCUACUCAUGAGGAAAGUGACCACGGUGAAGAUCAGACUCUGAACUCUGAUGAUACUUUUGGUGAAGCAGAGAAAGAGUCUGUCGCCAACAUGCCAGUUAUAAGUUCUGUAGUAUCAGAAGCACACAGUGACCACCAGGUCCUCUUUCACAAACCUCAUGAGGCUGAGAGCAAAGAGCAGAAAGGAGGCAAGCAUGGAGACUCAGGACCAACUAGAGAUGCAGAAGCAGAACCAAAGGAAAGACAUCAUAAAAGCAGAAGUCGCUGCAAUUCUCGCACAGGUAAAAAGUCUUUAAAAUGUGACACAUGUGGGAAAGAUUUCCAGUGUAAGUCAUCACUGGAGAGACACCUGAGAGUCCACUCAAGUGAGAAGCCGUUGUUUUGCAAAUUAUGUGGGAAAGGUUUUGCACGAAAUCAAUACUUAAUCGAUCACAUGAGAAUCCACUCAGGUGAGAAGCCGUAUAUUUGCAAAACAUGUGGAAUAGUUUUCAGACUUAAAUCAUCCUUGUUGGCCCACAUGAGACUCCACACAGGUGAGUUGUAUGUUUGCAAGACGUGUGGGAAAGAAUUCUGUGUCAUGUCACGAUUGAAUAGACAUAUGAGAAUCCAUACAGGUGAGAAGCCGUAUACUUGCCAAACAUGCGGCAAACAUUUCACAUAUAGUCAAGACUUAAUUAGCCACACAAGAAUCCACUCAGGUGAAACGCCUUAUUCUUGCAAAACAUGUGGAAAAGAGUUCAGACAUAAAAGGUCCUUGUCAGUCCACAUGAGAGCACACACUGGUGAGACGCCAUAUACUUGUAAAAUCUGUGGAAAAGGUUUUGGAUGUAACAGUAACCUGUUGGUCCACAUGAGAACACACACUGGUGAGAAGCCAUAUACUUGCAAAACCUGUGGAAAGGGUUUUGGAUUAAAUAGUAGUUUGAUUGUCCAUAUGAGAACACACACUGGUGAGAAGCCAUAUACUUGCAAAACCUGUGGAAAGGGUUUUGGAUCUAACAAUAAUUUAAUGGCCCACAUGAGAUCACACACUGGUGAGAAGCCAUAUACUUGCAAGACCUGUGGAAAGGGUUUUGGACUUAGUAGUAGAUUGUUGGUCCACAUGAGAACACACACUGGUGAAAAGCCAUAUACUUGCAAAACCUGUGGAAAGGGUUUUGGAUUUAGUAGUAGUUUGUUGGUCCACAUGAGAACACACACUGGUGAAAAGCCAUAUGCUUGUGAUAUAUGUGAGAAAAUUUUCAGGUGUAGUAGUCACUUGACAGACCACACGAGGAGAGCCCACACUGGUGAAAAGCCGCACCUUUGCAAGACCUGUGGGAAAAGAUUUGUCACAGCGACUGAACUGAAAGGGCAUCGUAAAAAUGUGCACACAGACAAGUAGUUUUCUGUUGAAACCCACACAGGUGGGUUACCUGUUUCAAGUUCUACCCCUGCUAAUAUGUUUUAUUUAAAUUAUUUACCUCAAAAUACUGCAAAAACAUUUCAGUUAAGUGCAGAGAAAAUAACCAAAGUUUCCUCUUUAUAUUGGUGGAAGUAUAUAUUAAAAUAGAAGUGGUCUUACAGAAAUAUUAGGAACACAAUAAGUCACGUUACUGUUCCUUCAUCAAGGUGUUUUUGUCUUCUUCAUGUGAUGAUAUAAAGUGUGAAAACACAU